CUGUUGCAGUUAUUUCAACAGUUUGGAUAACAAUGCUUUUUAUAAAAAUAGUGAAUGGUGUUUUGAUGCAUAGUAAAGCUGUUGAUCAAGUAAUUGGAUAUUCACAACAAUUAGCUGCGCAAGGGGAAUUUGAAAGUGAAGAAUGUGAUGGGAGAAAACCACGUUAUUUAAGUAGAAGUAUGCCUGGAUCACCACAUAUGAGCCUUUACGAUUUUUCUGAUGUUUUGACACAAACAGCGAAAAAAGCUCCAAUCAUUCGAUUGCAACGAAAUAGCAGCAAACAAGAUAUUGAUGAGGAAUUGAGAAUUGAAGAACCUCCAAGAAGAUCACAAUCUGUUGGUAACUUUGUCAGACAGGAGACUGAUGAGAAUACUGAAGGAAAUGAAAAUAAUCUUUCUGGAAUAUAUGAUAAAACUCUAAAGAGUGAUAGAGAUGAAGAAACUCAACAACAGCAGCGUCGAAUGAUUGUUCAUCCACAAGAGGAAUUAGCCAAUAUCCAGGCAUAUUCUUUACUUGAAAAUGUUAAUCAAACAACAGUUAGUACAUCAACAAGUGAUUUGAGACAUGAUGAUUGA